AUGGUGUUCACUGAAAACCGUUCAAGAAGCAGACCUCUUUACCAGGUUGGGAGUCGGAUUGAGGGGGUACAUUGUUUAGCUGAAAAUACUCUGAGCGACCAUCCAAGAUGUGUGCAGAGCCGUGUCGUCCAUGUCUUCUAUAACAAGGAAAGACGAAAAUUGCUGACGGAGACCAUGGGGGAGAGGCGUUGCCCGAUCACCCAAUACGUUUGAUCAAAGGUGUUCCAACUGUUGUCCAGAAAGAGGCGUCUCGUAUCGGGAGUUCAGACAUCGGUGACAUCAUGAACCUGAAAAAGACGAAAAUGUUUAAAGUCAUCGCCACGGAGGGCCGCGAGAAUAUUUUGAAGGUGUGGCACGGACACAAGCAUCACGAACUCCACAGGGAUGACAGCGGAAGACAUUCUGCUACAGGAGAAGCCAGUGGGCCACGAGGAGAUGCUGCACUGGUACUGCAAGUUCAAGCCUGGGUUAUGGUGCGCAUUACGGGAAGAGAAGCCAAACAAGAGACUGAUAGAGAAACUGCUCCAGUCCUGGUGUAGACUGACGACAGUGAAAAACGGACAUGUCAUCAACAUGAAAGUUCUGAUACAGCAUGACAUGAGAAAAAUGAGCCUGCUUCGGCUCCUUGAAACAUAUGAAAACACAGUGGAGCUUGCGCUUGCUUUGAUUGGCGGCCUAGGCUUUAUUGUUCGACAGUGGAUCAAAGAAGGCAUCCUCACCAACAUCAGCGUGAACACCCUCGACCUGUCCCACCAACAGCGCUACCCCGACUACCCCGAGGCUCCACAGCCACUGUUGGCAGCUACUUGGGAGACCAACAGCUUCGACGCUGUGGACACUUUGAUGGACUUGAACCCGGACACUUCAGUAUUAUAUGCCUGUGACAAGGCGCUCACCCCCAAACCACUUGUUUUCCACCUGUUAGACAGUAUGUACAGACCAAAGGAGACACGGACCGUUCAUCGAAUCUUGGAAGGUGCCGAUGUGUCAGUGAGAAACAGCCUGGGCCAAACGCUUCUCUUCCAAGCCAUUGCUACAGAGGAAUCUCUGGAGACAGUCGCCAUCUUGCUCAGGAAAGGCGUCAAUAUUGGAGCCAGAGACAAUUUAGGACGCACAGCGAGAGAUUUUGCGGAGAACCUCCAGAAACCUGGAUAUAUAAAAGCCAUUGACGAGCAAGUGAUUCAGUUUGUGAAGAAAAAGGACUUUCCCCAGAUUGAGAGGCUUCUGUUGGAAGGUUAUGAUCACCUGACAGAUCUCAAAGACAGCCACGGCCGGUCAAUAGUGGAUAUUGCCAAAAAGUUUUCUAGUCGUCAAAUUUACGAGGUCAUUCGUCUUGGGGAUGCUAUUCAGCUGUACGUCAAACGAGUGUUCCGAGCAGUGGACGAAGGUAACCAUGACGACCUCCAGAAACUUGUGUCCUGCAAGAAGUACGCGGCAGGCCGGGACGUGUGCGGGAGGACACCUCUACUCAAGGCCAUCUUACAGCGGAGGAGAGGUCUCGUCAUGAAGAUGGUCAGAGACUGCCGGUUUACCAUCAACCUACAGGAUACGAUGGGAAGAACACCUCUUCAUUACGCAUACCUGUUUCUGGACGACCCUGACAUGAUCGGUCUACUUCACAAAAAUGGCGCUAACCCAGACCUUGAAGACGUACGAGGCCGCCGUCCCAUCUCCUACAGUCGGUCUGUCUGUGGAGUGCAGACACUCUCUCAACUACAGAGAGACGUCCUUGAUGCUGACCUUGAUAUCUUCACCUAUAAAACCAACUUCGAGGAGACUUUCAAAAUAGCUGUGCGAGCUGCUGACUUGGUGACAGUGAAGGCUCUUGUGAAAGGUUUGGGUGAAAACGGUGAUAUAACCAGGUACAGUCAACUCCUCUUUGAUUGCGUGGACCUUUGCAGGGAAGACAUUGCUGUCCACCUACUCAACUCUGGCUUCAGGGCCGACAUCUGGAAGCAGUACUCGAAAUGUGAACCAACGAACCCCUUGUGUGGGAUGGGGGAGUGCAGUCACAGUAUGAUCAGCCUGAAGCAACGAGCGGUGGAGACUGGUUGUUGUCGUGUGGUCAAGCUAAUCAACCAGAGGAGCGAAAAUGUGGAGGCAUUAACUCGUCAGUCAACUUCCCUGUUGAAUUUUGGUGCAAUGUAAUCCAGCGCUCUGAAACAGAUCAUGACUUUGUUAAUAAUAUAAAAGUAUUGGGAUUUUUACCAUUACAAUCAACUGAUGAACACUGGAGCAAGAAUUGUGUUAAUGACUAUAUAAUUCAUAUUAUGCUCUGAACAUUCAUGUACAGUGGGAAUUCGUGAUCGUAUUUAUAAUAAAUGUUAUGUUAACUGCUCUCUUUCUCUCUCUCUCUCUCUCUCUCUCUCUCUCUCUCUCUCUCUCUCUCUCUCU